AUGGAUCCAGCAAAUUACGAAGGUAUUAAGGGAAGAGUGCAUCCUAGCGUCCACUCUGGGGAGCAGGACACUAGCAAGAGUCAAGUAUUGUAUGAGGACAGUGAGGAAGAAGAGGAGAACAAGGAAGAAGAGGAGGAGGAUGGAGAAGCAAAUGUGGAAGACUUGCUAGAGAAUAGUUGGAACAUUGUGCAGUUUCUCCCCCAGGCUGCCUCCUGUCAGAACUGCUUCCUCAUGAUUGUGUCUGCCUACAUUGUGGCUGUGUACCACAGCAUGAAGGAGGAGCUGCGGUGCAAUGCCCCUGGGAGCGCUCCCAUCAAGAGGAGGGCCACGAGCCAGGUGUCCCAGGAGGCAUUGGGAGAGACGGGAGCCAUGCCUGGUGAUAUGAUCACUUUCUCACUGGAUUACGUGGCCAACGAGCUCACGCAGAGCUUCUUCACCAUCACUCAGAAGAUCCAGAAGAAGAUAGCUGGUUCCCAUAAUGCCACUGAGCCCUCAGACAUGUUCCCAGUGCUACCUGGCUCCUACUUGCCACUCAACAACCCAGCUCUAGAGUUCAUCAAAUACGUCUGCAAGGUGUUGUCCCUGGAUGCCAGAAUAACUAACCAAGUAAACAAACUGCGCUGGGACCUGCUGCGCCUCAUUGAGGUAGGUGAGUUCUCAGAAGAAGCCCAGUUUCGGGUCCCUUGCCGCUCCUAUGUGCUCCCUGAAGUCAUCCGCAGGAACUGCAAUUUUUGCAGGGACUUGGACCUGUGCAAGGACCCUGCUCUCUCGCAGGAUGGGUCAGUGCUGCCCAGUUGGGUAUGCUCCAAAUGCCAGGCCCAGUAUGACUCGGAUUCCAUUGAAAUGGCACUGGUGGAAGCGCUGCAGAAGAAGCUAAUGGCCUUGCUGCUGCAGGACCUGGUGUGCAAGAAGUGUCAUGGUGUGAAGGAGACACUUAUGCCUGUGUACUGCAGCUGUGCUGGAGAUUUUGCCCUCACCAUUUCCUCCCCGGCAGGUUGUGGCACCACGCAGAGGGCCAUUGACAGGCUGGAGAAAGGGGCAGAGAGGAACCUCAUGAAGUUUGGCAAUGGGAAAUGCCAAGUCCUGCACAUGAGAAGAAAAAUCCCCAGGCAUCAGGACACGUUGGGGACUGACCAGCUGAGGAGCAGCUUUCCAGAGAAGGACCCAGGGAUUCGGGUGGGCAAGUUGGCCAUGAGCAAGCAACAUGUCUGUGUGACAAAGGCGGUCGACAGUGUGGCUGUUGUGAGGAAAAGGAAGUACAAGGGGUCUUGUAUCUGGAUGCACAUCAACAGAAAUGCCAGGAAUAAGGAAAGUGCAGAACAGACUCAUGGACACCCCUUCUGCCCACUCCUGGUCUAG